AUGUCGAUCUACGUCGCCGGCUUCCUCCUCUCCAACGAACAAGUUGGCCAUCUCUGCGUCAAAGGAUACGGUAUCUCCGAAGCCGUUGUCAAAUACACCGAGCCUAUCGGCGCUGCAUCCCAACACUUCUAUGGCUACAGAGCAUACAACCCCACAGGCCUUGUGCCGAUGUAUCGCAAGAAUAGUUCUCUUACCGAAGAGGACAUUGAAGGUUUCAUCCUCACUUGCCGUGUCGCAUUCGUCAAGCAGGGUCUCAAGGAACCAGUCCUGUCGCUCGACCACAAGACCUUGGCAUUCGCCGACUUCUGGUUCCCGCCCUUCCUCCGUGAAUUAGACGAAUUCAGAGGUGUUCGUUAUGUUCAAUAUCGGCUUCCUAGGCAGCUCGGGUGUCCGCACAUGUUUAUCAACGACAUCAACCUAGCGCAUAUCACCUCAAAGGCGGCAGAAACUCGUCGCUUAAUGCCAUUCCGUUGGACAGGGCAGACGGGGGAUGGGGGAGACCAAUUCAUCGUGCAGCCCCCACCGCUUCCUGCCGAGUUCAUCCACACCGAGCCCAGCAGCAGUGCCCGAUUAAACUCUUCUGCGCGCUAUGAACGUCAAAACUCCAAUCGGGCUAUAUGA